GAGCGCGGAGCGAGUGCGAGUCGUCGACUGUCGGGCGAGCAGUCGUGAGCUAGUGGUCGAUCCGCUUGUUUUUUUUUAUCCUCCAUCGGAGCAGUGCGGCCCUAUUGCGUUCCGUAACGCGUGAAGUUUUUGCGCGUCACAUCUCGGAGUGAAUCCCGCGCGCGGAAUCCGAUCGGCCGGACGAUUAAAUACGUCGCUAACCUCGAAUCGCUCUGCGUAGUUGACGCGCGACGUCAAUCGCGUUACAACAAACAACGGGCGUGACGAGAGCGAGCGAGAGAGAGAAAGAGAACGGGAGAGUAUACGUCGCGUCGCGUUAAAAUGGGAGCUCGCGCGGCCGAAAAGAGGCCAACUUCACGGCGCGUAGUCUCUUACGUGCGCGAAGCGACAUUAUAAAACAACGAGACGAGAGGAAGAGAGCAUCGUGGCGCAUCUCGAGGAGGAUAAAUAAGAAGGAAAAAUAAGGAGGAAAAAUAAGACGCGCAAAAAAGCGAAAGAGAGAGAGAGAGAGAGAGAGAGGGGGAAAGAGAGCAUCGUCCUCCGAAGCGUCGUGUGUUGUGUCCUUGCCACGACACUAACCUUCUAGGCGCGGAACUGUCAAACGAGUGAACGUAGUCUCUCUCUCUCUCUCGAACGCGGAAUAUGCCAUCCUCGCCGCCGCCGUCGUCGUCGUCGCCGUCCCUGUUGUCGUCGUCACCGUCGUCGUCGGUGUUACGCUAAAAAUAUGCGGCAGUGAGGAAACGCAGACACACGGCGGAGCACCGCCCGCGGCAGAGCUAGGUCCGGCUAGGCCGGAGGCAGAGCGGCAGGUGGGAGAAGAGGCGAGGACGAGGCGGACAGGACUCCGCACGAGACGAGGACGGGACGAUAGCCAUCCGGUGUCGUCGUGUUUCGCGCGACGAACCAUCGACGAAAGGACCACCGAGGAAAAUGGCGGACCUCGAGGCGGUGCUGGCCGAUGUCAGCUACCUGAUGGCCAUGGAGAAGAGCAAGUGCACGCCGGCCGCCCGUGCGAGCAAGAAGAUUAUUCUGCCGGAUCCUAGCGUCAGGAGCGUUAUGCACAGAUAUCUAGAGAAGAAUAACGAAGUAAACUUCGACAAAAUAUUUAAUCAAAUGUUAGGUUACCUUUUAUUCAAAGACUUCUGCGAGACUGUAGCGGAGGAACCGAUUCCGCAACUUAGGUUUUACGAAGAGAUCAAAGCGUACGAGAAGCUCGAAUGUCCGGAAGACAGGAGAAAACUUGCCAGAGAGAUCUAUGACAAUUACAUUAUGAAAGAGUUGUUGGCGCAUUCUCACGAAUAUUCGCAAGAAGCGGUAACUCACGUACACAAGUAUCUCAUGAAGAACGAAGUCCCAGUUAACUUGUUCGAGCCGUACAUCGAGGAGAUUUUCAACCUUCUGCGAGGGGAACCGUUUCAGAAAUUUCUAGAAAGCGAUAAAUACACUCGUUUCUGCCAGUGGAAGAACUUGGAAUUGAAUAUCCAGCUGACGAUGAACGACUUCAGCGUGCAUCGAAUAAUAGGCAGAGGCGGCUUCGGCGAAGUAUACGGUUGCCGGAAAGCGGAUACCGGCAAGAUGUACGCCAUGAAAUGCCUGGACAAAAAGCGCAUUAAGAUGAAACAGGGUGAAACGUUAGCUCUUAACGAGAGGAUAAUGCUCUCGCUAGUCAGCACCGGAGUAGACUGCCCAUUCAUAGUGUGCAUGACGUACGCCUUUCAUACGGCUGACAAGCUAUGCUUCAUCCUGGACCUGAUGAACGGCGGCGAUUUGCAUUACCACUUAAGUCAACACGGUGUCUUCAACGAGCCAGAAAUGAAGUUCUACGCCGCGGAGGUGAUCCUCGGUUUAGAACACAUGCACCGCAGGUACAUCGUCUACCGUGAUCUGAAGCCGGCGAAUAUACUGCUGGACGAACACGGUCAUGUCAGGAUAUCGGAUCUGGGACUGGCAUGCGAUUUCUCGAAGAAGAAACCGCACGCGAGCGUUGGCACGCACGGAUAUAUGGCGCCGGAGGUACUUUCGAAGGGCACCGCGUACGAUUCGAGUGCGGAUUGGUUCUCUUUUGGCUGUAUGCUGUACAAGCUCUUGAAGGGCCACAGUCCGUUUAGGCAACACAAAACCAAGGACAAACACGAGAUAGACCGUAUGACCAUGACCAUGAACGUUGAAUUACCGGAGACGUUUUCGCAAGAGUUACGGUCGCUGUUGGAAGGCUUGCUAAAACGAGAUAUCAACGACAGACUUGGCUGUCGCGGCAACGGCACGGAAGAGUUGAAGGCGCACUCGUUUUUCAGUGGUAUCGAUUGGCAGCAGGUGUACCUGCAAAAGUAUACACCGCCCUUAAUACCGCCGCGCGGCGAAGUUAACGCCGCAGAUGCCUUUGACAUCGGUUCCUUCGACGAGGAAGACACCAAGGGAAUCAAACUGACGGAAGCGGAUCAAGAUCUGUACAAAAACUUUCCUCUAGUCAUCUCCGAAAGAUGGCAGGCUGAAGUAGCCGAGACUGUGUUCGAGACAAUCAAUAACGAAGCGGAUAAGUUGGAAAAUAAAAAGAAGGCAAAGCAAAAGCAACGAUUUGAUACAGACGAGAAAGGUUCGGACUGUAUAUUACACGGUUAUAUAAAAAAAUUAGGAGGUCCAUUCGCGAGCGCGUGGCAAACGCGUUACGCGAAACUUUAUCCAAAUCGAUUAGAGUUACAUCCAGAAUCUGCGACUAAACCCGAGCUCGUGUUUCUCGAUCAGGUCGAGGAAGUCGGAGCGGAUUUGCAGCUUGUAAAAGGGGAACAGUGCAUCGUAAUGCGGACAAGGGAUGCAAAAAUCGUACUUACAAAUGCCGAUGAGAUAAGCUUGAAGGAAUGGGCGCUCUCGUUAAGAUCGGCUCACAAAUGCUCAAUGGAGAUGCUCGGCAACAUGGCGAGGAAAGCAGGUAAGAUCUACGGGACUGAGCGGGACGCCGUGAUCCCGGCGACGCAGCGAUCCACAAACGGCAACUAGCCCAUCGUCGCCGUCACGUGCAACGCACCAACAUACUCCAGUCCCACUGCCCUGCAGCAGCGACAGCAGCAACUUUUUUUAUACUGAACGAACGAUGAAGAGAGUGACGAUGAACGAAGAAAGAGAUUCAAGGCUCGUUUCUUCGUGGAAUGGUGUCGGCGGCAAAACGCACUCGUACAGUGCCUCGUCCACCGAAAGCUCGCUCUCAAUUUUUCGCUGCGGCAUUAAUAAUAAUAAUAAUUAAUAAUAAUAAUAAAUAAUAAUAAUAAUAAUAAUAAAUAUAAUAAUAAUAAAUAAUAAUAAUAAUAAACGGAUAAAAAUCCCUCUCUUGGCACAUCUCGAUCACAAACGGAACGUCCCAAAAAAUCCCGUUAUACGGCGGAUAGCGCUGCGCUGUGUAUCAUAGAGACUCUAGCAAAGUAGUAUCGUAUCGUGCGUACGUUCUCCCAGGGCCACGAGAAUAAUCCGUGCCCAUACACAACAUGUACACACAUGGACAGACACGAACGCGUAUCCACACAUAAUACAAACAUACGAGUAUAUAACACUUGAUCGCGGCUCCUCGUCACUGGCGCGGACACGUAGGCAUCUCGUUAUAUUUGUACAUUAGUUGUAUGUGCAAUAUGUGACGUAGCGACCGACCGAGCGAUGAACAAAAAUUAACAAACAACACACGAAACACAUCCGGUAGUGUAUUAUAAUCUAGUACUCUAUACGCGGAUCCCGUGCUCUUAUUAUCUUUUUUUUCACGUUUCGUCGUACCGCUCGUUUACUUAAUUUAUUUAAUAAUAUUGAGAGAAAGAGAGAGAAAGAGAGCGAUACCAGUUUUAUAUAUUAUCCUUACGAUGAAACAAAAGUGAUCCAUUAUUUAUUAUGUUGUUAAGUGCGAGAGAAUGAAAGAGAGAGAGAAAGAAACAAGAAAACUCGUUUGUAUAUUAGCCAAAAGAAUCGAAUACCGAAUAUACAAGCAACAUGUGUACGCUCGAGUGGAUAUACGCGAGUCCGCUCUGGCAAUAAAAUGUGCGAUGAACGUA